GGGGCCACAGCGGGGAUGCCGCACUUUACUGUGGUGCCCGUUGAGGGGCCGCGUCGGGGCGACUACGACAACUUGGAGGGACUGAGCUGGGUGGACUACCGCGAGCUCGGGGACCCCGAGGACUCCGUGGGCUCGGAUGGUCACAGCAAUCACAAAGAGAGCAGCCCUUUCCUCAGCUGCUCCGAAGCCACCAAAGGAAGCGAUUACUACGACCGGAACUUGGCCUUGUUCGAAGAGGAGCUCGAUGUCCGCCCGAAGGUCUCGUCUCUCCUGGGGAAGCUGGUCAGUUAUACCAACCUCACCCAGGGGGCCAAAGAGCAUGAGGAAGCCGAGAGUGCCGAGGGCUCCCGGAGGAAAGUAUCCAAAUCGCCCAGCAUGGGCACCCUCAUGGGCGUGUACCUGCCCUGCAUGCAGAACAUCUUCGGGGUCAUCCUGUUCCUCCGCCUAACCUGGAUGGUGGGCACAGCAGGCGUCCUCCAGUCCUUCCUUAUCGUCCUCAUCUGCUGCUGCUGCACCCUCCUGACGGCAAUCUCCAUGAGCGCCAUCGCCACCAAUGGGGUUGUUCCAGCGGGGGGCUCCUACUUCAUGAUUUCCCGCUCUCUCGGGCCCGAGUUCGGAGGAGCCGUGGGUCUCUGCUUCUACCUGGGAACCACCUUUGCCGCGGCCAUGUACAUCCUGGGCGCCAUCGAGAUCCUGCUGACGUACAUCGCGCCGCCGGCCGCCAUCUUCCACCCCGCAGGGGCUCACGACACGUCCAGCGCCACCCUCAACAACAUGCGCGUGUACGGGACCGUUUUCCUGACCUUCAUGACCGUGGUGGUGUUUGUCGGCGUGAAGUACGUCAACAAAUUCGCCUCCCUCUUCCUGGCCUGCGUCAUCAUCUCCAUCUUGUCCAUCUACGCCGGCGGCAUCAAAUCCAUCUUUGACCCUCCCGUGUUCCCAGUGUGCAUGUUGGGCAACAGAACCCUGUCCCGGGACCAGUUCGACGUUUGCGCCAAGACGGCCGUGGUGGACAACGAGACGGUGGCCACCAAGCUGUGGCUCCUCUUCUGCCACACGUCCAACCUCACGUCAGAGGGCUGCGACCAGUACUUCCUUCAGAACAAUGUCACGGAGAUUUCGGGGAUCCCCGGAGCCGCCAGCGGGAUUCUGCAGGAUAACCUGUGGAGCAGCUACCUGGAGAAGGGCGACAUCCUGGAGAAGCCCGGGCUGCCCUCCGUCGACGUGCCUGGCCAGAAGGGCAGCCUCCCGCUCUACGUGUUCGCCGACAUCGCCACAUCCUUCACGGUGCUGGUGGGGAUCUUCUUCCCCUCUGUGACAGGCAUCAUGGCUGGGUCAAACCGCUCCGGAGACCUCAAGGAUGCCCAGAAAUCCAUCCCAGUGGGGACCAUCCUGGCCAUCAUCACGACCUCCCUCGUGUACUUUAGCAGCGUGGUGCUAUUUGGGGCCUGCAUUGAAGGGGUUGUCCUUAGAGAUAAGUAUGGUGACGGCGUGAAUAAGAACCUGGUGGUGGGCACGCUGUCCUGGCCCUCCCCGUGGGUCAUCGUCAUCGGCUCCUUCUUCUCCACAUGCGGGGCCGGCCUCCAGAGCCUGACGGGGGCGCCGCGCCUGCUGCAGGCCAUCGCCAAGGACAACAUCAUCCCCUUCCUACGGGUGUUUGGUCACGGGAAGGCAAAUGGGGAACCGACUUGGGCUCUUCUUCUGACGGCCUUCAUCGCAGAGCUUGGGAUUCUCAUCGCUUCUCUGGACAUGGUGGCACCCAUUCUGUCCAUGUUUUUUCUCAUGUGUUACUUGUUUGUGAACUUGGCCUGCGCAGUGCAGACGCUGCUGAGGACCCCCAACUGGCGGCCCCGAUUUAAAUACUAUCACUGGGCCCUGUCCUUCCUGGGCAUGAGCAUCUGCCUGGCCUUGAUGUUUAUUUCCUCCUGGUACUAUGCCCUGGUGGCCAUGCUCAUCGCGGGCAUGAUCUACAAGUACAUCGAGUAUCAGGGUGCCGAGAAGGAAUGGGGCGAUGGCAUCCGGGGCCUCUCCCUGAGUGCUGCCCGCUACGCACUCCUUCGCCUGGAGGAGGGGCCCCCACACACCAAGAACUGGAGGCCUCAGCUCUUGGUGCUCCUGAAGCUGGAUGAAGACCUCCACGUCAAGUACCCCCGCCUGCUCACAUUCGCCUCCCAGCUCAAGGCUGGGAAAGGCCUCACCAUCAUUGGCUCCGUGAUCCAAGGCAACUUUUUGGAAAGCUACGGGGAAGCCCAGGCAGCCGAGCAGACAAUUAAGAACAUGAUUGAGAUUGAAAAGGUGAAAGGUUUCUGCCAAGUGGUGGUGACCAGUAAGGUGCGGGAAGGCCUGGCCCACCUCAUCCAGUCCUGCGGCCUGGGGGGCAUGAAACACAACUCCGUGGUGCUGGGGUGGCCCUAUGGCUGGAGGCAGAGUGAAGACCCUCGGGCCUGGAAGACCUUCAUUGACACCGUGCGCUGCACCACGGCCGCCCACCUGGCGCUGCUGGUGCCCAAGAAUGUUUCCUUCUACCCCAGCAACCACGAGCGCUACAACGAGGGCAACAUCGAUGUCUGGUGGAUUGUCCACGACGGCGGCAUGCUCAUGUUGCUGCCCUUCCUCCUGAGGCAGCACAAGGUCUGGCGGAAGUGCCGCAUGAGGAUCUUCACCGUGGCCCAGAUGGACGACAACAGCAUCCAGAUGAAGAAGGACCUGGCCACCUUCCUGUACCACCUACGCAUCGAGGCCGAGGUGGAAGUCGUGGAGAUGCACAACAGCGACAUCUCGGCCUACACCUACGAGCGCACGCUGAUGAUGGAGCAGAGGUCCCAGAUGCUGAAGCAGAUGAGGCUGACCAAGACUGAGAGGGAGAGGGAGGCCCAGCUGGUCAAGGAUCGGCACUCCAUCAUCCGGCUGGAGAGUCUGUACUCAGAUGAGGAGGACGAGGGGGAAGCCAGGCCCGAGAAGGUCCAGAUGACCUGGACCAGGGACAAGCAUGAAGCUGAGAAGCGGAACCGGGGCAACACCCUCGAGAACUUCCGCGAGCUGAUCAGCAUCAAACCAGACCAGUCUAACGUCCGGAGGAUGCACACGGCUGUCAAGCUGAAUGAAGUCAUUGUCAAUCGCUCCCACGACGCCCGGCUGGUCCUCCUGAACAUGCCCGGACCGCCCAAAAACACAGAUGGAGACGAGAACUACAUGGAAUUCCUCGAAGUGUUGACAGAAGGCCUGGAACGGGUGCUGCUGGUCCGGGGUGGGGGCCGGGAGGUCAUCACCAUCUACUCCUGAGCCGGCCCGCUGGGCCUCUCGGAAUCAGCGAUGGACCGCCCCGCCUCCUCUCAUGCCCCGCCCCUCACGCUGUCCCGUCCCAUUCCCCCCCCCCUGGGGCUGAGGGUGGGAGCUGGGGCGCCCCGGCCCCUCCCACGCUACUCGCCUCCGGCUUCGCCUUCCACUCACAGCAUCCGGCUUUGAGACUAAACUCCUUGUAGACGAGGGCUCGGUGCAGUAUGUUAGCGAGGGGCCUGGGGAAGGCCGCUCCCGGGCCCUGCCCCUUUCCUUCCUAAUCCCCCAGACCCACGGGGCAGCAGGGAGAGUGAAGCGGAGGCCGUGGAGACGGGCCGUGAGGCCUGCCGGCCAGACACGGGAAUCAGUGAUGCUGAGAGAGAUGAAGAUUAUGUUUGCAGGAGGCCGCGGCCUGCUGGGGACCGAGCCCUAUUUAUUUGUGUAUUUAUUGGUCAGGAAGGUUGCCAGGGAGCAAGAGGGAAAGACUUGCGUUUGGGGGGGAGGGGAGGGGGAGGCAACUUCCCCCCUACGGGCACGUCCCUGGCCGCGCCAGAGAAGCCCCCGGUCGGACACACCCCUCUUUCUCCUCCUCGCCCCGGAAACCGAAGCGGAUGUCGUUUGGAGUUUGGGCUGUUUGUUUGGUUGUUUUCCCAAUAAAACAUUGUUUACUGACUUCCA